AUGCCUAGUGAAAGAAGGCGUAAAUUAUGGUCAUUAGCAGCACGUGCUGCUGUUAAAUGUCCAGAUGAUGCCGAGAAAGAAGUGACAACUCAGCAUGAAAGUUCACUCAUUAAAGAAUCUGGAUCAUUAGCUAAAACUCAAGAUUCAGGUGUUUCGAUGGAUUUCGCAUCUGACAAUCAGCCAUAUUCAACCGCAUGUUCACCAUUGACAUCACAUUCACGUUACCGUAUAAGUUUGGAUACUGAAAGUGGAGAAAAUUAUGAAUACAGUAGGUUGGCAAAAGGUGUUAAAAAAUUCGGUGACCCUGUACAGGAUUUCACUUUAAGUGCAGACUUAAGUGACUCUGCGAAUGUUGAAAGAGGAAGAAGUUAUGUGGCUAAACGUAAAUCAGUAUUUUCAAUACCUCAUAUUCCAUCUCAUAUAUCUUCUAUGAAUGUCAAUAUGAGACGCAUUAGAAGAGCGUCAAAGCAGUUCGAUCCAUCUGUCAAACAUGGGAGUGCAGAUACCUCAGGUUUAGGUAGUAGCUUGGAUUGGGUAUCUUUAGAGACUGGACAAACCCCAUUCUACCGUAAAAUGUCUUCACAGUAUGCACAUAAUCCGAGAAUGAUAACUACAGUUCACAAAAGUUUGGAUGAAAAACGAACUACUCGCCCUCUUGCUGUGAAAAAACACCUGACUAGUGAUGAUGGAGAUACCGAAAGGUAUCUAUUACAAGAGUUUCCUUUGAAAAUAUACACUUCUACUGUAACUCCCGGAAAUCCACGAGAGUCAUUGCAAAGUAAAGAUUUUGUAGAAUCCUUACAACAUAGGCAGAAACCAGUGAAAUUACAACAACCAAUUUAUCAGCCAGAUUAUCAGCUUGAAUUAAAAGCUGGUGUGAGUAAAACUGGUUCCCCAUACAGACCAAAAAGUGACAUUCCACCACGACGUACAAUGAGGGAUCCUCAUAUCAUAACAAGAAGCUUUGAUCAUGCAUACUGUACACGUAAUAUACCAUACUAUUACUCAAAUUUGCCAAGAGCGGACAUAUCCAAAAGUGAUGAAAGUAGUGCACUGUUAACUUAUUUCGACCAGCAUGAAACAACUGACUGGCCAGGUUUUACUGAAGCUGAUGUUAACCUCUCAAGAUAUGCCUCAGGUUUAGAUGAUAUUACACAAGAGAAGAUGUCAUCAGCUAUGCAAAAUCGCUCAGUACAUUGGGGUCCAAUAUAUCAAAAAGGUAGACAAUAUUAUCCAGAGGAGUAUUUCUGGAUGAGCCAACAGCAACAAAAACGCAGGGAAAAGCAAAACUCAAAGACAAUUUACAAAAGAUCACUUACAUUAGAUGAUAGUGUGUACAAUAUUGACACUGAGAGGAUACCGAUCAGAUCGAAAACACAGUUUACCACACAACUGUAUACUACACCUCCACCGACUGAUGAACAAGAAGCUUAUUAUAAUGGUUUAUUAAUAGAGCAUAAACUUAAAGAACCUCAUAUGGAUUUUCAAACAUUUUGUAGACUUAGACGACUAGGUCGAUUUGAUGAAAAAUAUCAUUUUGGAUUAGACGCAGGCGUAAAAGAUGAAUCACAAAGAUUACUGCAAACAGCACAAGAUACUUUUCAGCUGAAACCAACAUAUUCAACUAGAAGAAGAUGGACCUCAGCUGAAAUACCUGAAGUGAAAAUUUUGCCGGUAUUCACUGGUUCAACUGGAAUGGAAGAUGAUGAGAAUGAAAAAGAACAAAGAACAUUUGAACAUUUUAAUCAAGCUUAUCCAAUCGAUGCAUAUACGUAUACUAAAUAUACACCAGGAAGAAAACGUCCUUAUGAACAUCAUGAACAUCAAGUCACUUAUGAAAGCGAACUGAGUAAACGUCCAUGGAGUCAAACACAAAGAACAACCGAUAGGCAUUUAACACCACACAGAAUUGAUUCAUUUAGAAAAGCUUUAAGUUUAGAUAAACCAUCAUACAAACCAAUGCCAUUGUAUAAAUCAUCACCAUUAAAACAAUAUCAGUUGCCAAAAUAUCAUGAAAAAAGUUUAGAAUCAAAAUUUGCACGUCAACAACAAUUCAAAUAUCAUAUACCAUAUUAUUCAUCUUCAUUUGAUUAUCCAUCUUUGUCAAGUAGUAAAACAAGACCAUUAAUUCAUCCAGGUUAUAUACAAACAUAUAAUUUUUUCUCUCCAAUUGAAGAGAAAGGUGAUAUUGAAUCACAAUCAAAAACUCAUCCAUUGGAGGUUAAAUCUUAUGAAGAUAAUGAUGAUCAAUUUAGAAAAAGUGAAAAAAUUUAUCCUGUACAAAUAAACAAAGACCAUGGGCUUUCAAUACAUAAACAAAAGUCAUUAUCACAUUUUACCACUGAUAUUACAACAGAUGACAGGGAUGAUUAUAGCAGUCGUAAAAAGAUGAGUCAAUCACCAAUAUCAACACAAAAGAAAACAAUAUCACCUCAUGCAUCAAUGGAUGAGAUUGUAUCGUAUGAUAAAAAAUCUUUUAUAUUGCCGAAAGAACCUCCUCGUCUUAGUGAAUCACAACCUCAUAUACCGGGAAUUAAAAAGUCAGUCACAUUAUCCAAUGAUAUUGACAUUGAACAAUCCCCACAAAUGAUGACAACACGACAUAAUGAUGCAACUGUACCAUCAAGUGGAAUUUUAAAAGUUUCUGUACAUUUAGGUGAAAGUAAUGUACAAGAAUUUGCUGAAUAUUGGGACCAUAGUAUAUUUUCAGGUGCAAGAAUUACUGCAGUUUGUUUAGCUGGAGUAGCUUCUGUUUGUUUAGUUUGUUCUGUAUGUGCCAGCACAUGGUUAUAUCAGGGAUAUGCAAACAAUAUUACAAGUAGUGGAUUUUGGAAACGUUGUAAUUAUUUCAAUCAAACAUGUGAAAUUAUGCUUCCUUUUAUUACCAAACAUGAAGGCUGGCAAGAUGGUGCAUUCUUUAUACUUGUAUUGGCUAUAUUAUUAGGAUUCUUAGGUUUGAGUCUUUCGGUGGCUGGCCACUUAGUUUAUGCUCUUCCGAAAAGAUUAUAUUAUUUUCAUUCAGGUGGUGAAGCACAUGUUGUUGCAGCAUUUGUCACUGCAUUAUCUGUGCUUAUUUAUCAUAUUACUGUAAAAGUGCAUUUACGCAUAGAAGGUCCAGUGAGUUUUGGUGAAGCCUAUGGCAUAACAUGGUUUGCAUGUUUUCUACAUCUAUUGGCAGCAAUACUUUUACUUUUAGAUGAACUUAUCAAUGAAUUAGUCAAUUUAGCUAGUCGAGUACAUUGUGUACGUAUUUGUUUAAAAUGUAUUAUACAUACCUAUAGUAGGACUAUUCAGAAAAAACGUCAAUUAUUUACUCAUUAUAAUAUAAAAAUUUUCAAUGAUAAAUAA